GAAAGUUCACCAUCUUCACUUGAGCACGAGAAUAAAGAUUACGCGAUCUUCAUCUUCCGAACUUUGUUCCUCUACGUUGGGAAAAAGCAAUUCCCAAUGAUAAACGACCUCCUCUCCCUAUUCUCUCUCUUCAUUAAAGAGCUAGGGCUUUAAAGAAAUUUAACAAAAAAAAAAAAAAAUCAAGGAAAAAGUAAUGGAGAUCCUCUCCAGCCUUGAACCCUGCAGCCCUCUCCCUUUCACGCGUCCAAAACCCACCUCUUUUUGUGCAAUCCCUUCAAAAAACAGCGUGAUUUUCUGUAGGUUUUCAAGAAUCCAAACUGACCCUAAUCUCAAUUUGAGACGCUCGAUUAACGUCCAGAAACAGCAGAUGGUUCGGAGGAAUUUCGUCGUGAGAUCGGAAAUCGCUGCGACGGGCUCCCCUGAAAGCGUGCCGUAUCCAAUAAAAGAGUUUCAAUUGGGUUCGAAACUCAGGGCGAUUUGCUUCUAUACUGUGACCGCAACCACUGCAAUCCCUUUGUUUAUGCUGAUGGCUUUGGUGCACCCUAUUGUGAUGCUUUUCGAUCGAUAUCGGAGAAGAGCUCAUCAUUUGAUUGCUAAGGUUUGGGCUUCGGUCUCGAUUGCGCCAUUUUAUAGAUUUGAGAUGGAGGGUUUGGAGAAUUUGCCUUGUUGGGACGUUCCUGCUGUUUAUGUGUCGAAUCAUCAGAGUUUUUUGGAUACAUAUACACUUUUGACACUUGGGAGGAACUUCAAGUUUAUUAGCAAGACGAGCAUUUUUGUUAUUCCGAUUGUUGGAUGGGCAAUGUUUCUUAUGGGAUUGAUUCCUUUGAGGAGGAUGGAUAGUAGGAGUCAGUUGUGCGUGGAAUUGUUGAAAAAGGGGGCAUCUGUAUUUUUCUUUCCAGAGGGAACUCGGAGUAAGGAUGGGAAGUUAGGUUCAUUCAGGAAAGGUGCAUUCAGUGUUGCUGUAAAGACUGGAGUACCUGUUGUGCCGAUUACCCUUUUGGGAACCGGAAAUCUAAUGCCUUCAGGAAAGGAGAGUGUAUUGAAUUCUGGCUCUGUGAAAGUCAUUAUGCACAAGCCUAUAAGAGGUACAAAUGCAGAUGCAUUGUGCAGUGAAGCUAGGAAUGUGAUAGCAGAUACACUUGUUCUACAUGGUUAUGGGGUGCACAAUAUUGAGUAAUUGCAUUGUUUUUCUCAUUUCUAAGCUCUUUAGCUUAGAUCUGUGAUGCGGAGAUAUAAUUUGAAAUCAAGGUACAUGUUUCGUUCUUACUGUCUGUUCUUUUUCCCCCUUCCUGUAAACAAAUUAUAGUUGAGCAAAUUUAGUCGGAAGAAUACAUUUUUGUGUGAAAAACCAUAAGAUCACAAAUUUGAAGCAAAUGAGAAGUGUGCUGAAUAAGGUUUAUUA